AUGAACGACAUCAAGCUGGCCCUGCUGGGGAGCCCGGGGGCCGGGAAAUCAGCUGUACUCGUACGGUUCCUGACCCGGCGCUUCAUCGGUGAAUACGCCUCCAAUGCCAAUUCCCUGUACCACAAAAGACUGUCGAUCGAUGGCAGACAGCUGAAUCUGGAAGUCUUUGACCCCUGCUCAGAGAGCUCGGGGACCAGGUGUAUUCUGGAGGAGCCGGUGGAUUGGGCGGACGGCUUUGUGGUGGUGUACAACAUCAGCGACCGCACCUCCUUCAUCAACGCCAAGAACAUCAUGAGGCAGAUUCGGGAGGCGCGCAUGGACAACUGCAAAGGGGACAUGGAGGUUCCUGUGUGUCUGGUGGGUAACAAACAGGACCUGUGUCACGCCCGGCAGGUCCGCGAGGAAGAGGGCCGCUACCUGGCUCAGGAGAACCGCUGCCACUUCCAGGAGGUCUCAGCGGCCGAGAGCUACCAAGACAUCGCCAACCUGUUCACCCAGCUCAUCCGGCAAACCAUGGAUCACCUGAAGUACAGAGCCGACCGACGACGCUACAGCGGCUCCAAGUCCAUGGCCAAGCUCAUCAACAAUGUGUUCGGCAAGAGGAGGAAGUCAGUGUGAAGUCCCAGACAGAGAGAUACAGGGAGAUUAAGUGUGGACCCUUUUUAAAGGGGGAACUGGCCAAGAGGUUACAAGCUGUGUCUGCAGACCGACACCGGGAGCAACAUGAGAGGUUAUGGGAAAGUUUUGGAUGGUGUGUUUUGGUCUGAAGCUUCCACAUUUACAGCAAAUAUUUUCUGUCACUCAUCUUUCACAGUUAGGUACUCAUAGUUUUGUGUCAAAUAUACUUCUUUGCAAUUUUAAAAGAAGGAAUCAUGUAGUUGUGAUCAAACAAAGCAUGUGAAUGUUGAUAAGGGCUUUAGUAUAUAAAGAAAGGACAGAAAGAAGGGGUUGUGAGGGGAUGGAUAAUAAAAGGCAAGAUAGUUUAAUGAGCUGUACUCAUGAGCAUGAUGGGAUAAGAAGGAUGAGAAUCAGGAGAUAAGUCUAUUCCUUGAAAUAAUUACAGGCGUGGAUUUAGCCUCAUGGUUAAGCUGCCCAGAUAGCGGGUGGCCCAUGUUCGAUUACAGCUUUUCUCGCAUGUCAUUCCCCCACUCUUUCCCAGUUUCCUACCAUAUCCGCUGUCCUCUCUGUAAAUAAAUGAAUGUAUCAAAGCCCAAAAAAUAUAACUUAAAAAAAAAAAAAAAAUAAAAGUGUGAAAAACUGCAGUUCCUCAAGUGGCCACUUGAGGCUGGCUCCAAAAGUGAGUUAAUCCUCAUUAAGCUCCAUAUUAAAACUUUACAGCAGUUAUGAACAUUUUUCACCCUGGUCCUAAAAAUAAAAGAAAUAUUUUGCUACUUAUGAGGAGAAUUUUACACAACUCAUUUUUUGAAAUGAUAUUAAAGCUUGUAGGGGCGUGGCCAAUUGAGUGACAUUUGAACGGAGCUAGCCGACACGUGGCUAACUAAAUUGAACCUUUUAGGCCAGACUUUGUGGUGGAAAGUGAACUCUCACUGCUAUGAGUGAAUAGUUUUCGAAGCAUGGCCCUAACUCACGAUUUAUGUACCCAGGGCAGAGCUUGGACAAUCGUCUUUUAAAGGUGACAUAUCAUGCAAAAUGGACUUUUUCAUGGUUCUCUACCUGAAAUAUGUU